AUGACACUCAAUGAAUUAGCGCAUUUAGCUUAUGAAAUUGCGAAUGGAAAUUUUGAAAAUGAUAUUUCGAUAGGUUUAGAUAGUGGUUUUGAGUCAAAUUUGGUUAAUAGUUCAUGUUUACCGAAGCAAGUUCAUAGUGAUGCAUCUGAAGGGUCAGUUGGUGCUUCUUAUGUGGAAGAGGUUAAUAAUCAUGAAGAUUUUUGUCAGAAAGAUGAUGCAGAAGGAUAUGUAAAUAAUAGUUCUUAUCAAAAGAAAAGUAAACAUCAGAAGGGUAAAGAAAGCGUGGGAUGUACUUUACAUUGUAAUUUAAGAUCUCGCACUUCGGAUGCAAGUUUUUCUAAAGUUUGA